AUGGGUUAUAUUUUGACAGGAUAUUCUAGCCGUCAUGAUAAGAGAAAGAAACAUGCACUUCCUUUGCAUCGGUAUGCAUCGUCUUCGAUAAACUUGCAGCACCAUGUGCAUCUCUUAGAGACCCGGGUUUCAUCCAAGAGGCCAAUAUCGGAAGAUCAAAGGACUAUCAGGCUUCCUGCGAAGAAACUUAGGCAUCAUCAAAAGCUAACUUUGCAAGAUUUACCUGUAGAGAUUAUUCAACAUAUUUUCGUUUUCACAAAGGGUGAACCGUCGAUGGUCACCUUGAACAGGUUCUUCUAUAGUUGCUUGAAGCCAUCUUUUUCAUUAUUAUCGAAGAUCAUGUGGGAAAAAUAUCUUUUCGAUCCCCUGGAGUUUGGCGUAAGUAAUAUAAAAGCUUAUUCAAGAAAUAUUGUGAUCCCUACAUUAUUUGAGCAUGAAACUUUUUUUAGACUACUACUAGAUCAUCAUCCUAUCCUGUUGAAAAAUAUUUCUCAUUUUCUUCCCAGAAAGCACUAUCAAGAUAUGCAGAAUGGCGAUUUUGAUACAUCUAAAGAGCUAGACUUGUGUUCAAUGAACACUGAAGAUACAUCGAAAGAAGACUUCCCUAAAAACUUUUACAACAAUAUGCAUAUUUUUUUAACACGUAGGGAAUGUGUGAAGUCUCUAGGUAAUCAUUUUACUUUGAAGAAUCCAUAUGAUGUGAUAUCCCCUUUUAUAGAAUGGUUUUUUCAAGGUAUUGAUAUGCAAGGAACUGACCUAAGCCCUAAGUUUACCUUUGUUUCUCUAUUUGAAUCAAUAGAUUUAAUCCUAUACGUCUCUGGAUCUACAGUGCAAAAACUAGCGUCUAUUGAACCCCUUACGACUGUAAUAUUUUUAUUAUAUUUCACGUAUGCUGAUUCACUAGGGAGUCUGAACUUUGAGUUUUUUUUGCAGAAUAGAUCAAGAUUACAGCUCAUAGAGAAAUUUAUCCUGAAAUAUUAUUACAAUCCAUCAUUGACAGAAAACGAACUUUUAUCUGAUAGCACUAUAUGGGACCUGUUAAGGCGGGUGUCUGAUUUAAAACUCAUAGAUUUGGUCGUUAAAUGCGGCGGAAGGCCUCAAUACGGGGUUAUGUUUGCAUAA